UCCGAUCGCAGGUGCAAAUUUCAACAACAUCGGACUCCACUGCACUGUGCCCUAACACUUACUUAGGACAACAAAAUCUUGAUCUAUGAUCUAACAAUUUAUUUACUUAGGAACCCUCCAAUGUUAGAAUCUUGAUUGUGGGAUUUUCUUGAAUGGCUUAACAACAUUCUGGUCUGGUAUUCUUCAUCAAGAUUCAAGAAUGGGGGCUUGUUUUAGAUUUGGGUUUUGGGUUGUGAUUGUUGUAGCUUUUUCCAUUUGGCUUUCUGGGUAUUCAGUUUCUGCGGUAAAUAGUAAACCCAAGAAUGUUCAGGUUGCUCUCAGGGCUAAGUGGUCUGGUACCCCUAUACUCUUGGAAGCCGGGGAGUUGCUAUCAAAGGAAUCUAAGGACUAUUUUUGGGAUUUUAUCGAGUUAUGGCUUCACUCAGCAGAUGAAAAUUCUGACUGCCGUACUGCCAAAGAUUGCUUGAAGAGAAUUAUAAAAUAUGGGAGGUCUCUAUUAAGUGAAUCUUUGAUAGCAGUGUUUGAGUUUUCUCUCACUCUUCGAUCAGCAUCUCCUAGGAUAGUACUUUAUCGUCAAUUGGCAGAGGAAUCUCUUUCGUCUUUUCCACUUGCUGACGAUAGCAGCUCUCCUGAUGGAGGAGUAUUACAAGGCGAUAAUGCAAAGAACAAAAUGGUUAACCCUCUGCUUGUUGGUGAGAACCCAAGAAGUCAUGAAGGGAAUUGUUGUUGGGUAGACACUGGUGGAAGACUAUUUCUUAAUGUUGCUGAGUUGCUAGUGUGGCUGCAGAACCCCAAAGAAGUAUCUCUUGAUACAUUGCACCCCGAGAUUUUCGAGUUUGAUCAUGUCCAUCCAGAAUCAAAUGUAGGAAGUUCGGUAGCUAUUUUAUAUGGUGCUCUUGGGACCGAUUGCUUUGAACAAUUUCAUCGUACCUUGACCAGUGCUGCCAGAGAGGGGAAGAUCUAUUAUGUUGUUAGACCUGUGUUACCUUCUGGAUGUGAAUCAAAAAGUUCUCCUUGUGGAGCUCUUGGUACCAGCGACUCCUUGAACCUGGGCGGUUAUGGUGUGGAACUGGCACUGAAAAACAUGGAAUACAAGGCUAUGGAUGACAGCACUGUAAAGAAAGGGGUCACUCUUGAAGAUCCUCACACUGAAGAUCUUAGCCAAGAAGUCAGGGGAUUUAUAUUCUCUAGGAUUCUGGAGCGUAAACAGGAGAUAACAUCUGAAAUAAUGGCUUUCAGGGAUUAUCUUCUAUCAUCAUCAGUAUCUGAUACACUUGAUGUCUGGGAGUUAAAAGAUUUAGGGCAUCAAACUGCGCAGAGGAUAGUUCAUGCUGCUGAUCCUUUGCAGUCAAUGCAAGAAAUUAAUCAAAACUUUCCUAGUGUUGUCUCUUCUUUAUCUCGGAUGAAGCUCAAUGAAUCUAUCAAAGAGGAAAUUGUUGCCAAUCAGCGAAUGAUCCCACCUGGAAAGUCACUAAUGGCCCUGAAUGGUGCCUUGGUCAAUAUUGAAGAUAUUGACCUUUAUCUGCUGGUUGACAUGGUCCAUCAGGAGUUGUCAUUAGCUGAUCAAUACUCUAAAUUGAAGAUUCCUGUCAGCACCGUGAGGAAGCUCCUUUCAGCACUGCCCCCUUCUGAAUCCAGUACAUUCCGUGUUGAUUUUCGCUCAGAUCAUGUUCAUUAUCUCAAUAACUUGGAGGUGGAUGAGAUGUAUAAACGCUGGCGGAGUAAUUUAAAUGAGAUCCUGAUGCCAGUCUUCCCUGGACAAAUGCGUUACAUCCGGAAGAACCUCUUCCAUGCUGUUUAUGUUUUGGACCCUGCCUCCAUUUGCGGGCUUGAGAAAAUUGACACAAUUGUUUCAAUGUUUGAGAAUCAUAUUCCAAUGAGAUUUGGAGUGAUAUUGUACUCUGCAAAGUUAAUUAAGGAGAUCGAAUCAAGUGGUGGUGAACUUCCUCUUUCUUAUAGGGAGAACAAUGUUUCUAAUCAGGAAGACCUGUCCAAUUUGAUUAUUCGUCUUUUCAUCUACAUCAAGGAAAACCGAGGAAUUUCAACAGCUUUCCAGUUCCUGAGCAAUGUAAACAAAUUGCGAAUUGAGUCAGCUGCUGAAGAUCCUCCUGAAGUCCACCAUGUUGAAGGGGCAUUUGUGGAAACACUGCUACCUCAGGCCAAAGCUCCUCCUCAAGAUACCUUACUGAAACUGGAGAAGGAGCAUACUUUCGAAGAACUCUCUGAGGAAAGCUCUCUGUUUGUAUUUAAGCUAGGUUUGGCUAAGAGGCAAUGUUGCCUCUUGUUCAAUGGGCUUGUCCAUGACCCUACUGAGGAUGCGCUUAUGAAUGCUAUGAAUGAUGAGCUUUCUAAAAUACAAGAGCACGUUUAUUUUGGGCACAUAAACUCUCAUACAGACGUACUGGACAAGUUUCUAUCGGAGAGUGGUGUGCAGCGCUAUAACCCACAGAUUAUAGCUGAAGGGAAAGUCAAACCGAGAUUUGUAUCUCUUUCUGCUCUAAUUCUAACAGACAACUCAUUUUUUAAUGAAGUCAGCUAUUUACAUUCUACAGAAACAAUAGAUGAUUUGAAGCCUGUGACUCAUCUUCUUGCUGUCAAUAUGGCGUCAGAGAAAGGGCUGAGAUUGCUUCGUGAAGGAAUACAUUAUCUGAUGGCAGGCACCACAAAUGGACGCUUGGGGAUGCUGUUUAACUCCAUUCAUGAUUUUCGUUCACCAAGCUUUCUUUUCAUGAAAGUUUUCCAAAUCACAGCCUCCUCAUAUAGUCACAAGAAAGGCGCUCUGCAGUUCCUGGACCAAAUUUGCUUGUUAUACCAACAUGAAAAUUUGCAUGCAUCCUCUGCGGGCACUGAAAACGGUGAGGCAUUUAUGGAUAAGGUCUUUGAACUAGCUAAUUCAAAUGGAUUGUCCUCAAAAGGACUCAAGUCAGCUCUUUCUGGACUUUCUGAUGAGAAGCUGAAAAUGCACUUGAAUAAGGUGGGGAAGUUUUUGUUUGGACAAGUUGGUUUGGAGUAUGGUGCCAAUGCAGUUAUUACAAAUGGGAGGGUGAUUAGCCUGGUUGACGACAUAUCAUUCUUGAGCCAUGAUUUGCAACUUUUGGAGUCUCUGGAAUUUAAGCAAAGAAUAAAGCAUAUAGUGGAAAUAAUUGAAGAAGUAGAGUGGGUGGACAUCGACCCUGAUAUGCUAACAAGUAAAUUCCUCAGUGACAUUGUCAUGUCCGUCUCAUCUUCAAUUGCUAUGAGGGAUCGAAAUUCUGAAGGUGCUCGCUUUGAACUUCUGUCUGCAACAUACAGUGCUGUUGUUUUAGAAAAUGAAAGUUCCAGCAUUCAUAUUGAUGCUGUCAUCGACCCCUUGAGCUCAUCUGGUCAAAAGUUGGCUUCUCUUCUUCGGCUUGUGUCAAAGUCCAUUCGGCCAAGCAUGAGGCUUGUACUUAACCCCAUGAGCUCACUGGUUGAUCUUCCAUUGAAGAACUAUUACAGAUAUGUUUUACCAUCCGUGGAUGACUUUAGUAGUACAGAUUACACCAUUUAUGGUCCCAAAGCAUUUUUUGCUAAUAUGCCACCUUCUAAGACGCUGACUAUGAAUCUUGAUGUUCCUGAGCCAUGGCUUGUUGAGCCUGUUGUUGCUGUCCAUGACCUAGAUAAUAUAUUGCUUGAAAACCUAGGAGAGACUAGGACACUACAAGCAGUUUAUGAACUUGAAGCACUAGUCCUAACAGGUCAUUGCUCUGAGAAGGAUCAGGAGCCUCCUAGAGGCCUUCAGCUAAUCCUAGGCACUAAAAGUACGCCGCACUUGGUUGACACACUUGUCAUGGCCAAUUUGGGUUAUUGGCAAAUGAAAGCGUUUCCUGGAGUUUGGUACCUGCAGCUUGCUCCAGGUAGAAGCUCGGAGCUUUAUGCGUUGAAAGAUGAUAAUGAUGGUGGUCAGGAAACAACUUUGUCAAAACGGAUCAUUAUAGAUGAUUUGCGUGGUAAACUUGUUCAUAUGGAAGUCACCAAAAAAAAGGGCAAGGAACAUGAGAAACUGUUGGUUUCUGCUGAUGAUGAUAACCAUUCACAACAGAAGAAAAAGGGAAACCAAAACAGUUGGAAUUCUAAUAUUCUUAAAUGGGCUUCUGGAUUUAUCGGUGGCAGUGGCCAAUCAAAGAAGAGUAAAAACUCUGCAGUGGAGCAGGUAACUGGUGAUCGUCAUGGGAAGACAAUUAACAUAUUCUCUGUUGCUUCUGGACAUUUAUAUGAACGCUUCCUAAAAAUAAUGAUACUAAGUGUUCUGAAGAAUACUCAACGGCCAGUUAAAUUCUGGUUCAUCAAAAACUAUCUCUCUCCUCAGUUCAAGGAUGUAAUCCCGCAUAUGGCUCAAGAAUAUGGUUUUGAAUAUGAAUUAAUUACAUACAAAUGGCCUACAUGGCUGCACAAACAAAAGGAGAAACAAAGAAUAAUUUGGGCAUAUAAAAUUCUGUUUCUUGAUGUCAUUUUCCCCCUGGCAUUGGAGAAGGUUAUCUUUGUAGAUGCUGACCAAAUUGUAAGAACCGACAUGGGAGAACUUUAUGACAUGGAUUUGAAGGGGCGGCCCCUUGCGUACACACCAUUCUGUGACAACAACAGGGAGAUGGAUGGCUAUCGUUUUUGGAAACAAGGUUUCUGGAAGGAGCAUUUACGAGGCAGACCAUACCAUAUUAGUGCUCUAUAUGUUGUCGAUCUGCUUAAAUUCCGGGAGACUGCUGCGGGAGAUAAUUUACGAGUGUUUUAUGAGACCCUGAGCAAGGAUCCAAACAGUCUUUCAAAUCUGGAUCAGGAUCUUCCAAACUAUGCUCAGCAUACUGUACCCAUCUUUUCACUCCCACAAGAAUGGCUUUGGUGUGAGUCAUGGUGUGGUAAUGCAACAAAGUCCAAGGCGAAAACAAUAGACCUCUGCAAUAAUCCCAUGACAAAAGAACCCAAGCUCCAGGGUGCCAAGAGGAUAGUGGCAGAGUGGCCAGAACUUGACUAUGAAGCAAGACGCGUUACUGCAAAGAUCUUGGGAGAAGACUUUGAAACCCAAGACCAGGCAGCACCUCCUGCUGAAACACCAAAAGCCAUUAGUGAUCCUCAAUUAGAAGAUGAGGAAUCCAAGUCAGAACUGUGAAUGCGCUGCAAGGCAAGUAUUCCUGGUGCUUUGACACUUCCAGACCGGAUAGAUGUUAUCUGUAGUCACUUUUUGGUGCAUCUCAGCUACCAUGGUAAGAGCAGAGUUUGUUGGGAUUGUCGAUUCAGGCAGACUUUGAAAAGUUAAAUCGGAAAAGAAUCUUAGAUGCAGAUUUAGGUGCCAAAAGAAUAGCAACUAUUAUGAACCAAUUUUGCCAUUUGCCCGGCCCAUAGUAGAGAGGCAGACUUGACAUCUGAUAUGGAUACAUAGUUACGGAAGAGAUAAGGACUUGGUAAUAUCUCAAAUUUAUAUUGGGCUGUUGGGAAAAAACAUCCAAGAACUUAUUAUUGUUAUAAGUUGUUUCAGUCUGCAAUUUUGCCAUGUAAUAUUGAGGUCAACUACAUUGCGGUAUCUAGCCCUUCCCGACCAAUGUCUAGUCAUCGAUUAGUAAAUUGAAUUUAAACUAACUUUGAUUUUUCGCCUUUGUGGAGAAAUGUCUUGUGAAUGCAUCAGGUUUUUCCUA